AUGACACAAACUACUCAUUUACCCACUGAAAUCUUGAUACAAAUAGUCAACUACCUAACACCACAAGAAAAGCAAAAUGGUUUACUCAUAUGUCAAGAUUGGUACAAUGUAUUUCGAUGUGGUCUUUAUCACAACAUCUCCAUCAAAACACUGCAUCAGCUCGAAAUGCUACUGAAAUCACUCUCGAUAUCAUCUUCAGCAUCUAGCGUACCCAAUGGACAUCUCGUAAAGAUUCUUUCUAUACAAAAAAGGACGGUAGCUUGCCUCGAAAAGAUGAUCCAGGAGCGUUUGAUUAUACCUCGCUUUUUGUUGGAGCAAUUACCUGAUCUUUGCCCCAAUCUUGAGGUGCUGGACUUUGACCCCGAGAUGUGGAAGUUUAUAUGCUAUCAUAGUAACGUCAGUAAAUGGAACCACAUACGACAGCUACCAACAUUAGCAAGCUUGGGCGCCAAUCUGCCUAUUCUAAAAGACUUGGGGAGGGGAUUGAGGUCACUUUCGAUUCAGAGCAAAAUGAUUAUGGAUAUAUCGACCCAGGGACGUCUUGUUUCAAUUUUGUCAUUGGUUCCCCACAUCAACCAGCUUACUAUCCAAGGAGACCAGGAGUCCACGCUUAAUUUGACGUUGAAUGACAUGGAAAUAAUCCACAAACUGCUACCCAGUUUGAGGAACUUACGCAUUGUAGGAGACAACAUUCAAUUGUAUACGAUGAACGAUGAAAAAGAAACGAUGCACAAGGUGAACAGUUUUCCCACAGCCCCUCAAGUUACAACACUCUGUAUCAACACUCGCCUGACUCCCAUAACGUGGCUCUACUAUGUUGCACACAAAUAUCCUCAAUUGAAGCAUUUGGGUAUUGAUGUCCAUUAUGAUACCAGCAACACCAUGGAAAACUUCCAACUUGAAAAGGCUUUGCUCUUGAAUCUGGUCCACAAAUGCCGUCAUUUGGAGGUACUUGAACUCUCAUGUCCUAUUCUGAGCCAUUGGUUCAACACAUCGUUUUUUGAAACCCUAAAAGGUCAUCAGUGCAUCCAGGAAAUCAGGCCCAUGGCUCGCAGGAAUGGUCAAAUCAAGUUUGACGCUGAUUUUAGUUUUGCCCUUGAGCAGGGCAAGGAUCUUUUAACCGCAUUGGAGAUUGAGCAGUGGAGACUGGAUGCCAAAUUACCCUGUACCAUGCAGCGAUUGCGUAGCUUCACUAAACUUGCUUCUUUGGAACUGAAAUGCGACUCGUAUCAUGAUGAAUAUCAUAUCAACACCUUGCUGGAAUCCUGUCCGGUGCUGAAGACAUUGGUCUUGGAGUGGGGAUCACUGAUCACACCCAGUCAAUGCGUAUGGAAAAGAAGACGGCAUCCACUAAAGUCACUCAACAUGACAUUCGCAUCAUUCUCCACCAAUUUGUUUGACUAUCUUUCCUUAAGCUGUCCAUAUAUCAGCGCGAUUUCAUUGACGAAAUGCAAACAAAUCUGUGUUAUUAACGAUUUAGCGUCUCAAACAGUUAUAGAAUUGAACUUGCCAAACCACCAUUUGAAUUGCCUGGUAUUGGAUGGUGUCAGACUGGAUUACUCAAGCGCAUCUAUGUUUUACCACGGACUUUCGAGCUACAUCAGGCUUGCUUCUGUUCAGACAGCACAAGAUACCCUAUGGCAUCACCAUGUCGGCUACAAGACAAACAAUCGCAAGCUGCCCAUACUUGUACCAUUGGAUGCGAAUGACUCUCAAAUCACCCAAGCAUACUUUGAUAAGCGAAAAAACUCUCAAGUCGUCUAUAGUAGUAAGAGUUUCUUGGAAAACCUUAGCGAGCAAAAGGUGGACAAUCUGCUAAAGACAAACCUCAUGUUUGGAUACAUCAGAAUCAACUGCAAAUCCAUUGAUCAUUUCUACUUGGACGGUAACGUGAAUUGCCAAGCUUAA